GUCCCUCCGGACGCCGCCGGCCUGCAAGCCCCUUAAAGUCGGAAGGACAGUGGUCAUCCCGGGCCCGGGCCCCCCCACUGCCCCUGGCCAUCUGGAAGCCCGACGCUGCGUCCCUGAACCUUUGUCAGACCCCCAACCCUAGGAGUCGGGCGCUUGUGGCAGGGAAGUCCUCGUAAGGGUCCGGUCACUUUGCAGAGGACUCCCCGGAUCCCUCAUCACCCCGGAUCCCUCAUCACCCCGUAUCUCCUUUUCCCUAGGCUUUUCCAUCUCGUUCGGAAUAACCAUGUCCAUCCUCUACGUCUCCCCACACCCUGAUGCCUUCCCCAGCCUUCGGGCCCUCAUAGCCGCGCGCUAUGGGGAGGCUGGGGAGGGCCCCGGCUGGGGGGGCGCCCCCCCUCGCGUCUGUCUUCAGCCACCUCCGACUAGCAGGACUCCCUUUCCCCCACCCCGCCUGCCUGCCCUGGAGCAAGGGCCCGGUGGGCUUUGGGUGUGGGGGGCCACGGCUGUGGCCCAGCUGCUGUGGCCAGCAGGUUUGGGGGGGCCCGGGGGGAGCAGGGCAGCUGCCCUCGUCCAACAGUGGGUCAGUUACGCCGACACGGAGCUCAUACCAGCAGCCUGUGGGGCCACGCUGCCAGCCCUGGGACCCCGGAACUCCGCCCAGGACUCCCAGGCGGCCCUGGGCGCCCUGGGCCGGGCCCUGAGCCCCCUGGAGGAGAGGCUCCGGCUGCACACGUACCUGGCUGGGGAAGCCCCCACGCUGGCGGACCUGGCGGCCGUCACAGCCUUGCUGCUGCCUUUCCGAUACGUCCUGGACCCCUCAGCCCGUUGGAUCUGGGGUAACGUGACUCGCUGGUUUAUCACGUGCGUCCAUCAACCUGAAUUCCGAGCCGUGCUGGGAGAAGUGGCUCUGUGCUCAGGGGCCAAGCCCCUCUCCCAACAGCCAGGGCCCGCUCCAGGCCCCGAGGCCACUGCACCUCCUAAGACCGCUGCUCAGCUCAAGAAAGAGGCAAAGAAACGGGAGAAGCUGGAGAAAUUCCAGCAGAAGCAGAGGACCCAGCAGCAGCAGCAGCAGGCCCCUUCGGGGGAGAAAGCUAAACCAGAGAAGAAGGAGAAACGGGACCUUGGGAUCCUUACCUAUGACAUCCCAACUCCACCUGGGGAAAAGAAAGAUGUCAGCGGCACCAUGCCCGACUCCUACAGUCCUCGGUAUGUGGAGGCCGCCUGGUACCCUUGGUGGGAGCAGCAGGGCUUCUUCAAGCCGGAGUACGGGCGUUCCAGCGUGUCCGCUCCAAACCCCCACGGCGUCUUCAUGAUGUGCAUCCCGCCCCCCAACGUGACGGGCUCCCUGCACUUGGGCCAUGCGCUCACCAACGCCAUCCAGGACUCGCUGACCCGAUGGCACCGAAUGCGCGGGGAGACCACCCUGUGGAACCCUGGCUGUGACCACGCAGGCAUUGCCACCCAGGUGGUGGUGGAAAAGAAGCUGUGGCGUGAACAGGGGCUGAGCCGGCACCAGCUGGGCCGCGAGGCCUUUCUGCGGGAGGUCUGGAAGUGGAAGGAGGAGAAAGGGGACCGGAUUUACCACCAGCUGAAAAAGCUCGGCAGCUCCUUGGAUUGGGAUCGAGCUUGUUUCACCAUGGACCCUAAACUCUCAACGGCGGUGACAGAGGCCUUUGUCCGGCUCCACGAGGAGGGGGUCAUUUACCGCAGCACCCGCCUUGUCAACUGGUCCUGCACCCUCAACUCCGCCAUCUCCGACAUUGAGGUCGAUAAGAAGGAGCUGCCAGGCCGCACCCUGCUCUCCGUCCCAGGCUACAAGGAGAAGGUGGAGUUUGGGGUCCUUGUCUCCUUUGCCUACAAGAUCCAAGGCUCAGAAAGCGAUGAGGAGGUGGUAGUGGCAACAACGCGGAUCGAGACGAUGCUGGGUGACGUGGCCAUAGCCGUGCAUCCCAAAGACCCCAGAUACCAGCACUUGAAGGGGAAGCACGCCGUCCACCCGUUCCUGCCGCGGAGCCUCCCCAUCGUCUUCGACGACUUUGUGGACAUGGAGUUCGGCACAGGCGCGGUGAAGAUCACCCCUGCGCACGACCAGAACGACUACGAGGUGGGGCAGCGGCACGGCUUGGAGGCCAUCAGCAUCAUGGACGCCCGCGGGGCGCUGGUGAACGUGCCCCCUCCUUUCCUGGGCCUGCCCAGGUUUGAGGCCCGGAAGGCCGUGCUGGCGGCCUUGAAGGAGCAAGGACUGUUCCGGGACGUGAAGGACAACCCCAUGGUGGUGCCGCUGUGCAACCGUUCCAAGGACGUGGUGGAGCCGCUGUUGCGGCCACAGUGGUACGUGCGCUGCGGGGAGAUGGCGCGGGCCGCCAGCGCUGCUGUGCGGCGGGGCGACCUCCGCAUCGUGCCCGAAGCCCACGAGCGGACGUGGCACGCAUGGAUGGACAACAUCCGGGACUGGUGCAUUUCCCGACAGCUGUGGUGGGGCCAUCGCAUCCCAGCCUACUUCGUCACCGUCAGCGACCCCGCUGUGCCCCCCGGGGAGGACUCCGAUGAGCAAUACUGGGUCAGCGCGGCCAGCGAGGCCGAGGCCCGGGGAAAAGCAGCCCAGAAGUUUGGAGUGGCUCCAGACAAGAUCAGCCUCCAGCAAGAUGAGGAUGUGCUGGACACCUGGUUCUCCUCCGGCAUCUUCCCUUUCUCCAUCCUGGGCUGGCCCAGCCAGUCGGAAGACCUAAGUGUGUUCUACCCGGGGACAUUGCUGGAGACGGGCCAUGACAUCUUGUUCUUUUGGGUGGCCCGGAUGGUCAUGCUUGGCUUGAAGCUCACAGGCAGGCUGCCUUUCUAUGAGGUCUACCUGCAUGCCAUCGUCCGAGAUGCCCACGGCCGGAAGAUGAGCAAGUCUCUGGGCAACGUCAUUGACCCCCUGGACGUCAUCCAUGGGGUCUCCCUGCAGGGCCUCCAUGACCAGCUCCUGCACAGUAACCUGGACCCCAGUGAGGUGGAGAAGGCUAGAGAAGGGCAGAAGGCGGACUUCCCGGCGGGGAUCCCGGAGUGUGGCACUGACGCCCUCCGGUUUGGGCUCUGCGCCUACACCUCCCAGGGCCGGGACAUCAACCUGGACGUGAACCGGAUCCUGGGCUACCGGCACUUCUGCAACAAGCUGUGGAACGCCGCCAGGUUCGCCCUUCGCGGGCUCGGCAACGCCUUCGUGCCCUUGCCCUCCUCCCAGCCUGGAGGCCACGAGAGCUUGGUGGACCGCUGGAUCCGCAGCCGGCUCUCUGAAGCCGUGAGGCUCAGCAACCAAGGCUUCCAGGCCUACGAUUUCCCGGCCGUCACCAGCGCCCAGUACAGCUUCUGGCUGUACGAGCUCUGCGAUGUCUACCUGGAGUGCCUGAAGCCCGUGCUGAAUGGUGCAGACGAGGUGGCCGCCGAAUGUUCCCGGCAGACCCUCUACACCUGCCUCGACGUCGGCCUGCGGCUGCUCUCCCCCUUCAUGCCCUUCGUGACCGAGGAGCUGUACCAGAGACUGCCCCGGCGGGCACCACACACGCCCCCCAGCCUCUGUGUCACCCCCUACCCAGACUCCUCCGAGUGCUCUUGGAAGGACCCGGAGGCAGAGGCCGCCCUGGAGCUGGCUCUCAGCAUCACUCGGGCAGUGCGCUCCCUGCGCGCCGACUACAACCUCACCCGCGCCCGGCCUGACUGUUUCCUGGAAGUCGCCGACGAGGCCACGGGGGCCCAGGCCUCCGCCGUGUCUCCCUACGUGCACACGCUGGCCAGCGCUGGAGUGGUGGCCGUCCUGGCCCUGGGGGCGUCUGCACCGCUCGGCUGCGCCGUGGCCCUGGCCUCUGAGCGCUGUUCUGUCCACCUGCAUCUGCAGGGGCUGGUGGACCCGGCCCGCGAGCUGAGCAAGCUGCAGGCCAAGCGUGGGGAGGCACAGCGGCAAGCCCGGCGUCUGCAGGAGCGCCAGGCCGCCCCCGGCUACUCCGCCAAGGUGCCCCAGGAAGUCCAGGAGGCAGACACGGCCAAGCUCCAGCAGACAGAAGCAGAGCUCAGGAAGGUGGGCGAGGCCAUCGCACUGUUUGAGAAGAUGCUGUGACCCUCCGUUCCUUCCCUCACGGCCCGGCAGCCCCCAUGGGGCUGCAGCAAUAAACUUAUUUUGCCACAAAAACCA